UUAUGAUAUUUUAGUCACUUGAUGAAUCUCAUUGGCUAAAAUCAAGAAACGCUCCACCUCUUUGCAAAUAUGUGUGUGGAAGGGGGAGGGAGGUGUCUAAAUUUCUAUGUCUGAUAGCAUUUGACCCUACUGCCUUUAGCCUCCUGGCUCUGUAUGUGUAUAUACGCAGGUAUAUGUGUAUAUGUUGGAUCAUCAUUCUCCAUUCGUUGAUAUCAAAGAGAGUUGAAGGAAAUGAAUUUUGAAACCUCCCGGUGCUCCACCCUACAGUACUGCCCUGACCCUUACAUCCAGCGGUUCGUAGAAACCCCAGCUCAUUUCUCUUGGAAAGAAAGUUACUACCGAUCCACCAUGUCCCAGAGCACACAGACAAGUGAGUUCCUCAGUCCUGAGGUUUUCCAGCAUAUCUGGGAUUUUCUGGAACAGCCUAUAUGUUCAGUUCAGCCCAUUGAUUUGAACUUUGUGGAUGAACCCUCGGAAAAUGGUGCAACAAACAAGAUUGAGAUUAGCAUGGACUGUAUCCGUAUGCAGGACUCAGAACUGACUGACCCCAUGUGGCCACAGUACACAAACCUGGGGCUCCUGAACAGCAUGGACCAGCAGAUUCAGAACGGCUCCUCGUCCACCAGUCCCUACAACACAGACCACGCGCAGAACAGCGUCACGGCGCCUUCACCCUACGCACAGCCCAGCUCCACCUUCGACGCCCUUUCGCCGUCACCGGCCAUCCCCUCCAACACAGACUACCCAGGCCCGCACAGCUUCGACGUGUCCUUCCAGCAGUCAAGCACAGCCAAGUCGGCCACCUGGACGUAUUCCACUGAAUUGAAGAAACUGUACUGCCAGAUUGCAAAGACAUGCCCCAUCCAGAUCAAGGUGAUGACCCCCCCUCCUCAGGGUGCUGUCAUCCGGGCCAUGCCUGUCUACAAGAAAGCUGAGCAUGUCACUGAGGUGGUGAAACGGUGCCCCAAUCACGAGCUGAGCCGUGAAUUCAACGAGGGACAGAUUGCGCCUCCUAGUCAUUUGAUUCGGGUAGAAGGGAACAGCCAUGCCCAAUACGUAGAAGACCCCAUCACAGGAAGACAGAGUGUGCUGGUCCCUUAUGAGCCACCCCAGGUUGGCACUGAAUUCACAACAGUCUUGUACAACUUCAUGUGUAACAGCAGUUGUGUUGGAGGGAUGAACCGCCGUCCGAUUUUAAUCAUUGUCACUCUGGAAACCAGAGAUGGGCAAGUCCUGGGCAGACGCUGUUUUGAGGCCCGGAUCUGUGCUUGCCCAGGACGAGACCGGAAGGCAGAUGAAGACAGCAUCAGAAAGCAGCAAGUCUCGGACAGCACAAAGAACGGUGAUGGUACGAAGCGCCCUUUUCGUCAGAACACACAUGGCAUCCAGAUGACAUCCAUCAAGAAACGAAGAUCCCCAGAUGAUGAACUGUUAUACUUGCCAGUGAGGGGCCGUGAGACCUACGAAAUGCUGUUGAAGAUCAAAGAGUCCUUAGAGCUCAUGCAGUACCUUCCCCAGCACACGAUUGAAACAUACAGGCAGCAGCAGCAGCAGCAACACCAGCACUUACUGCAGAAACAGACCUCGAUGCAGUCUCAGUCUUCAUAUGGUAACAGCUCCCCACCUCUGAACAAAAUGAACAGCAUGAACAAGCUGCCCUCCGUGAGCCAGCUUAUCAACCCUCAGCAGCGCAACACCCUCACGCCCACCACCAUUCCUGAUGGCAUGGGAGCCAACAUUCCUAUGAUGGGCACCCACAUGCCUAUGGCUGGAGACAUGAAUGGACUCAGCCCCACCCAGGCCCUUCCUCCCCCACUCGCCAUGCCAUCCACCUCCCACUGCACCCCACCCCCUCCGUACCCCACAGAUUGCAGCAUCGUCAGUUUCUUAGCAAGGUUGGGCUGUUCAUCAUGUCUGGACUAUUUCACGACCCAGGGGCUGACCACCAUCUAUCAGAUUGAGCAUUACUCCAUGGAUGAUUUGGCAAGUCUAAAAAUCCCUGAGCAAUUCCGCCAUGCCAUCUGGAAGGGCAUCCUGGACCACCGGCAGCUCCACGACUUCUCCUCUCCUCCCCACCUCCUGCGGACCCCAAGCAGUGCCUCUACAGUCAGUGUGGGCUCCAGUGAGACCCGGGGCGAGCGUGUUAUUGAUGCUGUGCGCUUCACCCUCCGCCAGACCAUCUCCUUCCCACCCCGUGACGAGUGGAAUGACUUCAACUUUGACAUGGACGCUCGUCGCAACAAGCAGCAGCGCAUCAAAGAAGAGGGGGAGUGAGCCCGAUUGUGUGGAUUCUUCCUACCCUCUUCCUAUCUGCCCACCCCUCUACAAAGCACUACUGCUUGAUCUUCAAAGCAUUCUCCCUAACUCCUUCCUCUUACUAGUCUGAUCUCUUAAGGGAAACAGAAGAGGCUACCUCUUACCUAAUGCUAACAUCUGGCCUGGCGUCUGGUUGCAUUUCUGGCUCUAAGCCUUCAGAUCUAUUGCUUGCAGGACUGGAGCUGCCAAGGCUAGGUAGAAGUGGGCAAAAAAGCAGUGGGUGUCUCCUUAAGCUGCAGAGACCUCUCAUUGACUUUUAUAAAGCAUUUUCACUCUUAUAGUCUAAGACUAUAUAUAAAUAUAUAAAUAUACAGUAUAUAUUUUUGGGUGGGGGGCAUUGAAUAUUGUUUAAAAUGUAAUUUAAAGGAAAAGAAAUUGAGUUGCACUUAUCGACUUACUUUGUUUUUAUUUUACUCUUUUUGGCUAGCUAAUUUAUGUUCCUACUCUCAAGGGCUACCAUAUAUGGUAAUAGGUAUCUAGAGCUUCAUGAUACAUGUGACAAUGACAUAUAGGUCCUUUUGGGUUUUUGAUGUUAAAACCAUGCCACAUCAAACUUUUGUCUAAAUUCAAUUAUACUUACCAUUCUUUACAAUG